AUGCAAAAGACCGCAGCGAAAGUUAGCGUCACAACCACUAAAGUUAGUCUCACAGGACUUUCGUCGGCUCAUGACGCAGUGAUGGUCCAUUCGGCCCCCGUGGAUGAGGGAAUGGCGACCGUUGCAGGCUGCAUGUAUGAAGGUGAUAAGGCGAUUACAGCGUUCGAUUUGAUCUCGAGCUUUGAAACAUCAGGCUUCCAAGCGACGCACCUCGGUAGAGCAGCUCGAAUAAUCAAGAACAUGCUAUCCUGGAGAUUGGUGCAAGAGGACCUCACGGACGAGGAGCAAAACGAGCUGCAUGCUGACGGCUGGAAACCCCCAUUCUCCUGGGCGGUCCCAGAA